AUGGAAAAUCAGAACUACAGCAACAGCAACUCAGACUUUAUUCUUCUGGGCAUCUCUUCCAACCCCCGCCUACAGACACCCCUCUUUGGCAUCUUCUUCAUCAUGUACCUGGUCACUGUGGUAGGGAAUGUACUCAUCAUCCUGGCAAUCUACUCUGAUACCCGGCUCCAUACCCCUAUGUACUUUUUCCUCAGCAACCUCUCUUUCAUGGAUAUCUGCUUCACAACAGACAUUGUGCCCAAGAUGCUAGUGAAUUUACUUUCGGAGACAAAGUCUAUUUCCUACGUGGGCUGCCUGGUGCAGAUGUACUUCUUCAUGGCCUUUGGGAACACUGACAGCUACCUGUUGGCCUCCAUGGCAAUAGACAGGCUGGUAGCCAUCUGCAACCCCUUCCAUUAUGAUGUGGUUAUGAAUCCAAGGCGCUGCCUCCUCAUGCUGGUGGUGUCUUGCACAAUCUCUCACCUACACUCUCUCCUCCGGGUGCUGCUCAUGUCCCGUCUGUCUUUCUGUGGUUCCCACGUCAUCAAGCACUAUUUCUGUGACACCCAGCCUGUGCUAAAGCUAUCCUGCUCUGACACAUCCUCCAGUCAGCUUGUGGUCUUAACCGAGACCCUGGCUGUCAUUUCUACCCCUUUCUUGUGUAUCCUCUUCUCCUACCUGAGGAUCAUCAUCACUGUGCUCCGGAUUCCUUCUGCAGCUGGGAAGUGGAAGGCCUUCUCGACCUGCGGCUCCCACCUCACUGUCGUUGCCUUAUUCUAUGGCAGCAUCAUAUAUGUCUAUUUCAGGCCCCUAUCCAUGUACUCAGUCGUGAAAGACAGGGUAGCCACGGUGAUGUACACGGUAGUGACACCUAUGCUGAAUCCUUUUAUCUACAGCCUGAGGAAUAAAGAUAUGAAAAGGGGGCUAAAGAAAUUAAAGGACAGAAUUUACUCAUAG